AUGACCGCUGCCGCACCAGAAGGUACUUCCAAAGAAAAGCCCAAGGACAAUAAAUCCAAGGGUAAAUCUAAGGAAAAGGCCAAGGCACUUAUAGCUAAGAAAGCUAUUACGAAAGGGGUUAUUAGUAAGGAAAAAAAGAAGCCCCGUACCUCCACGACUUUCCAUCGUCCAAGGACUUUGCGUUUAUCGCGAUCACCUAAAUAUCCACGCAAAUCCAUUCCUCAUGCACGUCGUCUUGAUCAUUACAAAAUUCUUAAAAACCCAUUAAACACCGAAUCUGCAAUGAAGAAAAUUGAGGAUACAAAUACACUUGUUUUCAUCGUUGAUACCCAAGCUAAUAAGCGUCAAAUCAAGGAAGCGGUGAAGAAACUUUAUGAUGUUGAUGCUCUAAAGAUUAAUACAUUGAUAAGGUACAGCCCCACAGACUCUUCACGAGUUUACGAUCAAAUUAAUAACUUUGAUAAUUCUUUCCUCAUUAGACCAAACGGAACCAAGAAGGCUUACGUUCGUCUUACACCUGAUGUAGAAGCAUUGGAUGUUGCAAAUAAG